CUUCAACAAUCCCCCUUCUCCUUCACAACCGCCAUCAUGUUUAAGAGCGGCGUUGCCCGGACCUUCGGAAGGUCUGCUUUCGCACGACCUGCCUCCACAAUCCUUUCAUCCACUAGAUCUGCCGUUGGCAACAAUGCUCUGAGAGCUCUCUCUGCCAGAUAUGCCAGCACUGAAGCCGGCAAGACUGGCAAGAUUCAUCAAGUCAUUGGUGCCGUCGUCGACGUGAAAUUCGACACUGAACAACUUCCCGCAAUUCUCAACGCCCUCGAAACAGAGAACGGUGGUCAGAGACUUGUUUUGGAAGUCGCGCAACAUUUGGGUGAAAAUGUCGUGAGAACAAUUGCUAUGGACGGUACCGAGGGUCUCGUCCGUGGCGCUAAGGCUGUCGAUACUGGUGCCCCAAUCCAAAUUCCCGUCGGCCCUGGCACUCUCGGUCGUAUCAUGAACGUCACCGGUGACCCAAUUGAUGAGCGUGGCCCUAUCAAGGGUGUCAAGUUGGCUCCCAUCCACGCUGAGGCGCCAGAGUUCGUCGAGCAAUCUACAACCGCCGAAAUUCUCGUCACUGGUAUCAAGGUCGUCGACUUGCUUGCUCCAUAUGCCCGUGGUGGAAAGAUUGGUCUUUUCGGUGGUGCUGGUGUCGGCAAGACUGUGUUCAUUCAGGAAUUGAUUAACAACAUUGCUAAGGCUCACGGUGGUUACUCCGUGUUCACUGGUGUCGGUGAGCGUACCCGUGAGGGUAACGAUUUGUACCAUGAAAUGCAAGAGACCCGUGUCAUUCAACUCGACGGAGAGUCCAAGGUCGCUCUUGUCUUCGGUCAAAUGAACGAGCCCCCUGGUGCCCGUGCCCGUGUUGCCCUUACUGGUUUGACCAUUGCUGAAUACUUCCGUGACGAGGAAGGCCAAGACGUGCUUCUCUUUAUUGACAAUAUUUUCCGUUUCACUCAAGCUGGUUCUGAAGUGUCUGCCUUGCUCGGUCGUAUUCCUUCCGCUGUCGGUUACCAACCUACUCUCGCCGUCGACAUGGGUGUUAUGCAGGAACGUAUCACCACCACCACCAAGGGAUCCAUUACUUCAGUGCAGGCCGUCUAUGUCCCCGCUGAUGACUUGACUGAUCCUGCUCCUGCCACUACCUUCGCCCAUUUGGACGCCACUACUGUCUUGUCUCGUGGUAUCUCUGAAUUGGGUAUCUAUCCUGCAGUCGACCCUCUCGACUCUAAAUCCCGCAUGCUUGACCCCCGUAUCGUCGGUGAUGAGCACUACCAGGUCGCUACUCGCGUGCAGCAAAUGAUUCAGGAGUACAAGUCCCUCCAGGAUAUCAUUGCUAUUUUGGGUAUGGACGAAUUGUCUGAAGCCGAUAAGCUCACUGUCGAGCGUGCUCGUAAACUCCAGCGUUUCCUCAGCCAGCCUUUCGCUGUCGCCCAGGUCUUCACUGGUAUUGAGGGUAAGCUCGUCGAUUUGAAGGAUACCAUCCGAAGCUUCAAGGCCAUCAUAAACGGCGAGGGUGAUGACCUUCCAGAGGCUGCUUUCUACAUGGUCGGUGACUUCGAAUCUGCUCGCGCGAAGGGAGAGAAGAUCUUGGCUGAACUCGAGAAAUCUUCAUAAGUGCUAACCAUGUAGAUAUAAAAUCAUGUGCCAUUGCCUCUUGGGGUUGUCCCCGCGUGUUAUUUUAAUCUGAGCUUCAUCUGUUCCUUUUUGUAUAUGUGUCAGUACACCGGGUGCUCCGCUUUCAUUUCAUUUGUAAACGAAUCAAGAGAUCAUGUUUCCUCGUCC